UGGUCGACAUCUUGACGACUUAUCUUAGUAAGACUCAAAUUUCUCAAAUGUAUGAGAUUGCGGUUUAAAAAAUGAUCUAUUAAUGCGUUGCAUGCUGUUCCCAGCCUGCUUAAUAUCAUCAUAUUACUGUAAAAAUGGAGAAUUAUUUUAAAGGUGAAAGGAGGAAGUAAAAUGAAUAAUUUGUUAUCACAUGCCACAGGAAUUUUAGAAGAUAAAGCAGCAUCUGCAGUAGUUUGGAGCGGGACAGGAGUUGCUAUACCAAAGGCAAUUUCAUGUGCUGAAAUUUUAAAAAGACAAUUUUCAAUCCAACAUCAAGUUACAAAACUUACACAUAAGAGAGUUGAGGAAUAUUGGGAACCAAAAUUAGAUGGACUUGAAACUAUUGUUGUCAAAAGACAAAUUCCAGUCAUACACAUUUUACUUUCAAUAGAUAUCAUACCUGAUACCAAACAAUUGGGAUAUCAGUCUCUCCAAGGAAAGAAAUUUUGGCAAGAGGCUCACGUUAACAAUGCCAAACUUAAUUCUCAUUAUAAAUCUAAGAAGCCUUUCAAGCUUAAGCAAGGAACAGUGAAUAGUUAAGAUGUUCUAUUUAUGGUCUGUUUUUUUUACAAUAUAUCUAUAAUAUAAAUAAUCAUAAUAAAGCAUGAGAAAUGAU